CGUGUCUCAUGUCCACUGGGCCCUUUUAUUCAUCUUCCCCUUUCCCCUCUCUUUCCAUUUCUUCAGUCAAACAUCGAAGGAAACACCUAACAGGACCAACUCAUUGUCGUUCAUUAUCACCGCCGCUAAGACCCAUUCACUCUUUUAUCUUUUACUACCGGUCUUUCUUUAUUACUAUUUUCCAUUCCUGUUUUGAGUGCUGACUUCACAUACCAUUUCGCUAGGAAUCAUGCUUAACAUUUUCACGCUCACGUUAGCCUUGAUGGCUACAACUACAUUGGCCUUUGAUGCAAGCGCAAAGGACAACAUGGUCCUCUAUUGGGGUCAAGCAUCUGCAGGUUCUCAAGAAAGACUAUCAUACUACUGUGAGUCCGAUGCUGCAGAUAUUAUGGUGCUUGCCUUCAUGACUUCGUUCCCAGGUACAAAUGAUAUCCCAAGUCUUAAUUUCGCUUCUGCAUGUACCGAAACAUUCUCUGACGGACUCUUAAAAUGCGAUCAGAUCGCUGAGGAUAUCAAGACUUGUCAAAGUUUGGGUAAAGUUGUCUUAUUGUCUCUUGGUGGUGCUGUUGGAUCAUAUGGCUUCUCUACUGAUGACGAAGCUGUUGAAUUUGCUGGUACUUUGUGGAACAUGUUCGGUGAAGGUACAGCAGAUGAGCGUCCAUUUGGCGAUGCUGUUAUCGAUGGUUUCGAUUUUGAUAUUGAAAACAACAACCCAACAGGAUAUGCAGCACUGGCUACAUCUCUUAAGGAGACUUAUUUUACACAAGGUAGCAAGCAGUACUACCUGUCAGCUGCACCACAAUGUUUCUACCCUGAUGCUUCAGUCGGUAACUUGAUGAACAAUGCCUACAUUGACUUUGCAUUUGUUCAAUUCUACAACAACUACUGCAAUGUAAACGGUCAAUUCAACUGGGACACAUGGGUUCAGUGGGCUGAGACUGUUUCACCAAACUCCAAUGUUAAACUCUUCCUUGGUUUGGCAGGGUCGGCAACAGCAGCAGGUUCUGGCUACGUUGGUAUUGAUACUGUCACAUCUACUAUUGAUUCCAUUUAUAGCGAUAGCCAAUUUGGAGGUGUUAUGCUAUGGGAUGCAUCCCAAGGAUUUACGAACGUUGUUUCUUCUGGUGACACUUUUGCUGAAAGUAUUAAGGCUUAUAUGGUGAGUCUGGAUUCGGAAACAACAACUUCCUCAGCCUCAACCAGUUCAACCAGUUCGACUAGCUCGACUAGUUCAACCAGCUCGACUAGUUCAACCACAUCUGCUAGUUCAGCAUCCUCAACCAGCUCAACAUCAACAUCAUCAACAUCAUCAACAUCCUCAACAUCCUCAACAUCCUCAACCAGCUCCAGUACUUCCAUCACCACAGAAACUCCUGCCACUACAACAUCUAUCUCAUCAGCCAUUACUGAAGCUUCUGAGACUAGCAACACCAGUGAUGUCACUACCUCAAGCACUCAAGAACCAACUGUUGAGACAUCAACUAAAACUUCUUCGAGUGUCUUGCCAACACAAGCUCCAGAAGAAACAACAAAGAGUACAACCACUCUGCAGCCUACAUCUUCGAGCCAUCCAGAGUCCAUCACAAAGAGUGAGCCAACGGCUGCAUCAGCACCAGGAACACAGACAUUUUGGACCACUGUGACAAGCACUGGUGUUUCGACGGUUACAAAAGUUGAGGUGAUUGAUAUUGGUAACCAAGAGACACGUACUCAAACAGUCAUUUCCACAACUGAAACCGAGUACGUUGUGACUAAAGAAGUUACAAGUACUAAUCCUACAACUGUCACCAGUACUAAAGUGAAUAUUGUACCCGGUGAGGCAACCACUCUCAUUGUUACAGAGACUGACUGCACCACUACAAUUACUGCUGAUUCUCAACCAACCCAGGAACCUGCCACCACAACUACUAGUGAGGGAACAACUUCAACUGAAACUACUGCUGCAGCAACAUCAGCAGUUGGUGAAGAUUGCUCCACUCUAACUGGUGAUGCUAAAGCAAACUGUCUCAACACAAACUUUGCAGCAGGUCUUUUCACUAAUACUGCUGAUGAAUGUACACAUGGAGAUAUUGGAUGUGAUGCCAAUGGUGGAUAUGCCAUUUGUAACUGGGGUAGCUGGGUUGUCCAAGGUUGUGCAGCUGGUACAACAUGUUAUGCUCAGAACUACGGUACUUAUAUAUACAUUGGUUGUAACUGGCCAAAGCAGUGAAAGAGACACAUUCUCAAAUUAUGACUGCUAAUGACAUAUAUGCACCAAUGGACUCUUAAUUUCUCUACAAUACCUCUUCUGCUCUUCAAUCUGUUCAUGUAAUACUAUACAGCUUCAUUCGACU